AUGUCUAAUAGUGAUAGCCCCCUAUGUUUGACACCAACAGAUAAAAAGAAAGUGAAUGUAAAAUUAAAAGUUCCUGAUGAACUUCUCAAUUAUACUCCUUUGGAAUAAAUUUCAAUACCUAAGAAUCCCAAAAUUCGCUCCUCAUUCUUUAAUUUUCUUAGUGGAAAUAUUAAUGAAAAAGAAUUCGUGAAAUUUAAAUGCUUUCCCUCUCAUUAGGAUUAAGGAGUCUAAGUUAUUACAAAAACAAGAAAUAGACAUCAAGAUUUUACUUUACAUUUGAAAAAAUAGGCAGCAAUUGAUAAAGCUAGACAACGAUGGCAUAAAUUGGCAGAAGUGAUUCGUUAAAAUAUCUAGUUACGAAAAUAGAUGGAUACUAAUUAUUAAUCAAAAAUUAUCAGUAGGAUAGAAUUGGGACUCAAAAUAUAGAAUUAAUAGGCUCAUUAAUCUAUUAUCACAGAUGAUCUAAAAAAUCAUCAAUUAAGAACUAUGACAAUUAUUAAAGAAAAACAAUAAAAAUAGAAUCAAUCUUGUUUCAUCUCACCCAAACACUAUCAUUAUUCUCUAUAGGGAUAUUUAUAAAAUCAAUCAGAUGAAUAUAUUUACAUUUACCAUCAAAAUCUUCCUAAUACUGCUAAAUUGACAGAUUAACAAUAUAAUCAAUUAUUAUUGACUUAUCUAAAUAAAAAAUAAUUAUUUGAGUAAUUUUAAGAGGAAACAAAAUAAAGGAAAAUAAUUAGAUGGAAACCUUCAAAGAGCUAAAGUACUUUUUAUAAUUCAAGUUUGAGUUCUAAAUCAUUCGGGUUGAAUGUAAAUAAACCUAUGCAAAGAUUGUCAAAUCCGCUUUAAUCCUAACAAUAAUAACGCUAAAAAGAAUAUCAUUUGAUCAAUAAGAUUAAUGAAAUUGCAAAUCCAAGGAUAUCUAAUAGUGUAAAAACUAAAAAAUUCUUUAGGAAAUAAUAAAUUCAUUCAAAACUUAAUGGAGUUGUUAAACAUAAUAGAAUAUUCUCAUUUAAUUAAGUGGAUAAAGAAGAAGAUGAUAUAUUGGAUUUAUCAAAUGCUUCUAUCACUGAAGCCUUACUAGAUCAAUUGUAUUUGAGUUCAUAAAAGUUAUAAACUAAAUUGAAGUAACAACCCUCAGUCCAAAAGAAGGUUAGAGAUAUCCUCAGAUUACAAGAAAUGAAAGCCAAUACAAUUAAUGCAAAUUAUUAAAAAUUGAAUAAGUACUAAUAAUAGCCCUAAUGA